GACACAUCAACACAUUAAAACAAUUUAUCCCGAUUAUCCAAAACCCUUUACCACUAUCACAACAUCUACAUGUAUAGCCCAAUUUAAAACUAUUAUUACUGCCACCACUACUGUUACUGUUUUCACUUCCACCACUUACAUGAAAAAAACAGCGCAAGAAAUACUGACAUUAAAAAAGAGGAAAGUUAGAAAAGUUAUCUACAUUCCUAAUAAAAAAUAUAUUACCUUUUGUAAACAUGAAAAAUGUAUAAGGGUCUUCUAUUGUACUCUAACUGUUAUUUUAGAAUGCCCACCAGUUCGAACCAAAAUAUAUACUGUUUUUACGUGGGCUACUUCCCUUUUCACAACAACAACAAUUACUACUACUACUAUUUCCACCAUUUUCACUUCCUUCUGUUCCUCUGCAUGUGUUCAGACAAGUGAAACAUGUAGUGAAGGUCCAUUUAACUUUCUUUGUUAA